AUGGCUUAUGCCACCGAGUAUCCCAAAUACGUCACUUUUGCCAUGGUGCGGCAAGCGGACACUGACGGCACUACCACCUUGGCGGACAACUUGGUUGUACAAGGCAGGCUUCCCACGGGCCUGCUGGACAAAUUCCGCCGGCUUGGUGUGCAGUACGUAAGAUAUCUGCAUGAUGAAGCAGAAAGAGACGCUCCAGACUUCUACAACUCCUGGCAGGGAGCCUUCCAGGUGGAGAGCCUUGAGGAGGCCAUGCAGAAAGGCAACAGCAAAGCCAGUUUUUCCAUCCUCGAGGCUCAUUCAGAUGGCCGAAGACUCCGCCACACGCUUUGGUGUCCAGUCUUCCACCACCAUCCAGUCCACGGCGAGCUAUUCUUCAACUCGCUGCUGAACCGACACGGCUCUUGGCUCGACGGCCAUGCGGUGUUCGGAAAGCUGCCCAACAGCGAACGGCCUUAUCACUGCCUCUGGGGCGAUGGCACGGAGCUUUCUGAAGAGGAGCUUUCGGAGAUUCGCAAGGCCUACAGUGACAGCACCGAGUACAUCCGACUGGAUGCCGGUGAUGUCCUGGUGCUCGACAACCUCAGAGUAGUCCAUGGGCGCACGCCCUACAACGGCAGUCGUCUUUUGGGCCUGCUGCUGUCGGACAUGGUGCCGCGGCCGACCUGCACUGCACCGGAGGAGUUCGCCAAACGGCUGAGCCCCUGA